AUGUUUGGCGGCGCGGCGAGACACGGCCGCGUGCGGGGAGCUCUGCGACAGCUGCCGAGCUCGCAGCGACGACACUCGAGCCAGUACGAGAAGACGAUCGGGAACCUGCGCAUCAACCAGGACAGCAGAGUCAUCUUUCAAGGAUUUACUGGGCGAGCGGCAACGGCAAAUGCCAAGGACACGAUAGCAUACGGCACGCGGAUCGUCGGGGGCGUGUCGCCCGGCAAAGGCGGCCAGACGCAUCUCGACCUACCCGUGUUUAACACGGUCCGCGAGGCGGUGCGGGACGUCAAGCCGCAGGUCAGUGCCGUCUUCGUGCCGGCGGCCGGCGCGGCGGCGGCGAUCCUCGAGGCCGUCGAGGCCGAGGUGCCGCUCGUCGUCAGCGUGGCCGAGCACAUCCCCGCGCACGACAUGCUGCGCGUGCACGCCGCGCUGCGCACACAGUCGCGCACGCGUCUCGUCGGCCCCAACUGCCCGGGGAUCGUCGCGCCGCCCGCACGCUGCCGCGUUGGCAUCAUGCCCUACCGGCAGUACCGCCCGGGCUGCAUCGGCAUCGUCUCCAAGUCGGGCACGCUCAGCUACGAGGCCGUCGGGGCGACCAGCGCCGCCGGCCUGGGGCAGAGCCUUGUCGUCGGCAUGGGUGGUGAUUUACUCCCAGGCACGACGCUUGUCGACGGACUUAAACUCUUCUUUGACGACGACGAAACCAAGGGCAUCAUCGUCAUCGGCGAGAUCGGCGGCGAGGCGGAGCUGCGCGCCGCAGAGGUGAUAAAGGAGUACCGCGCGCGCACGCCGGAACCGAAGCCGAUCAUCGCCAUGGUCGCGGGGUGCACGGCGCCGGAGGGCCGCAUCAUGGGGCACGCCGGCGCCGUCUUGAUGCCGCGCGACGUCUCGGCGGCGGACAAGGCGGAGGCGCUGAGCAACGCUGGCGCCGUCGUGGUGCCGCACCCGGGCGUCAUGGGCGAGACGAUGAAGCAGCUCCUGAGCAUGUAG